AACCCACCCACAUACAUUCAUUUAACCAGCAGCGGAGCCGACAAACGCAUGCUUGGAUCGGCAUCUGACAACAACAUCAUUUCUAGCGUCCUAGUUUCGAGUUCAGACACUAAAUCAACGCUUUAUGCACAGGAAAUAUAUGUGGACUUUGAUGAGAAACUAAAGGAUCUUGUUUUUAUCUUUUAUAUAUAAAAAUAUAUAUACUUUUCUUACAUUUGUAAGACAUAUUCAUAGAUUGAAAUGGAGAGGAUUACCAGCGCUCAGCCUCCUCCGUGUAUGGCCAAACACGCCUCGCUGGAUAUCGCUGACAUGCAAGGAAUGGAUUUUCCCAUGUAUGUGUAUAAACCACGAAGGGGAGUGAAGCGGAGUGAGGACAGUAAGGAUACGUACAAAUUGCCCCACCGAUUGAUCGAGAAGAAAAGGAGAGACAGAAUAAACGAGUGCAUUGCGCAGUUGAAGGAUUUGCUGCCCGAACAUCUCAAACUCACGACUCUGGGACACUUGGAGAAGGCUGUUGUGUUGGAGCUCACGCUGAAGCAUGUGAAAGCACUUAACAACCUGUUGGAGCAGCAGCAACAGAAAAUAAUUUCCUUGCAAAAUGGAAUGCAAAUCGGUGAGAAGGGCAAUGGCCACUCGGAGAACAGUGAGAUGUUCCGUUCCGGGUUCCAUUUGUGUGCCAAGGAGGUUCUUCAGUUCCUAGCCAACCAGGAGAACAUGCAAGAAUUUUCCCCUGCACACAUAAUCAACCACCUUCAAAAAGUGGCGUCUGAUCUCAUCCAGAGCCCACUGAGUCCUUGUCUGGAGGAGUCCACUCCCAAAGUUCAAGAGACCCGGGAGAAACCAGCAGGUCUGCUGCCGAAGGCCGUGGAGGGCCACGCUAAAAAUUGCGUGCCUGUCAUUCAAAGGACUUAUCCCCACAGCGAGCAGAGCGGCAGCGAUACGGACACUGACAGCGGCUAUGGGGGCGAGCUCGAAAAGCGUGACCCGAAAGCCCAGCGGCCAAUCUACUACGGCAAAGAGAGCGGGGAUCUCAAGUUUGGGGGCAGCAUUAAAGAGGAGCUAGACGAGCCGCAGGUCAAGCGGCAAAGGUCUGACUCCUCCGAAGAUGAGUCUCUUUCAGGACACGAAGUUGUGGGCGGCCACAGCCCCUAUGUGAGCUUUUCUCCACACCAGCCACCUCUUUGCAUGCCCUUCUACCUCUUUCCGUCCGGCACAGCUGCUGCAUACCUGCCAAUGCUGGAGAAGUGUUGGUACCCGGGGGCCAUGCCUGUAUUGUACCCAGGCAUUGGUGGCUCCCCGGGAAGCUUGUCUCCGGAGAAUCUCCCCUCGUCCUUGGUCAUGUCCUCAAGAGUGGGCUCUCCCAUUACCCCUCCGUCCUCAGUGGACUCUCCUGCUCUCCUGCAGGCCCUGAAACAAGUUCCCCCCUUAAACCUGGAAACCAAAGACUGAAGAUCCAGUCUGGGUCCAAGAAUUGUCUGCUCUCUGAAUGUUUUGGUCUUGAGAGUGGACUUCCCUGCUGAAUAAGCUGCCUGAGAGGCUUGGGUUGAAGAGGGUGGAAAGCAAAGUUCAAAGAUGCACCCUCAACGACAGCAAGCAGCUGUUCUGAUCCUCUCAGAAAUACGCCGGCCUCCCUUUGACCGUCGAGACACACAAACUAACACACUCUCUUAUACAGUGGCUAGUUCCCUCCGCAACCAGCAUACACACAUCCAAAGACGGAACAUGGAUGCAGACGUGUAUAGGAGGCCCCGUGCAAAGCACUGUGAGACACUGUGAAGAAGGUCAAAAUGAGGACAAUGAGCUUGUAAGGGCCUGGGGUGGGCGAACAGCUACUCUCUGCACUUGUGUUGAAUGUUUAAGUUCAAAACAACACAAAACCAAUAACCCAGAAUGCGAUGUGCAGACAUUCCCCCAACGAUAUGGACUUUGCCCUUUGCACAAGCACAUUUUCAGUUGUUGAAUGUAAAAGAAAGUAAUUUUUUAAUAAAAUGUCACCCCUGUAGAUGCUGCUUUGGACAUUUUCUCUGUGCCGUGGAAGCUUGAACAGAAAGCUCCAAUCUCUUCUGCUUCUGUGACUGCUUUAACCUAUAAGAACUGUCCUUCUAGACUAGAAUGCUACCAAAUAAUUGUCUUUGAUUUGGUUGAUGAGCACAAAUCCGAAACAUGCACCGUUUUCAUUUCACACUCACCUGUCGCACCACAAACAGACUUGCUUAAGUUUUCUUACCUAAGCGAGAACACCGGUGACUGUCAAGAUGUGACGCUCAUGUAUAUACAGGAGUAAUGUAAUCACGGCUCCAUUGUAGCUUUUGAGUUUGUCAUCCAUUAUUUAACGUGGGUGAAGUUCUUGCGUGGUAACUACAUUGUAUAAUUAUUUUUGUUUAUACUACUUGUGCAUCUUUAUUUUUGAUACGUGACCCACAAUUUUAUGUUUGUGUUACAAAGAGAGGUAAGUUCUAGACAGCUGAGCGCUGUUUGCCAGGAGAUUGUGUACAUAGCUUUGGAACUAGUCUCGAUCUGCAUCAUUCUGUGUUCAGAUCUUUGUUCAUGCUGUUGCCUUUA